GUGAGGUCGCACCAUGCAAAUCGCGCAAGUUCGCCUCUGUGCUACCCAGCUAAGUUAGAACCUUUCAAGGUUUAGUCUCACUAAAUUUCUAUCAUGGGAAUUACAAAUCCAAUAUAUCGAGGUUGGCAUAGCUGUCCAUUGAGGACUCCUACACCAUCCAGCCAAAGAAAGUGUCACGAUGAAGGUUAGGGGAUAUAGCGCAGCCGCUCUGCGACGCGUUUCUGCUUCUUUACAGCCAACUCACAAUGCGCCGUCACCUACUUCACGACUCCGAACCCGGCCUGUAACAUCCUCUCUGAAAACUCCUAAUCAGCAAUAUGGAGUUCGACUGUUCCAAUCCCAGCCUUCCAAGUGUAGCAGCGCCAGUCAAGGAGAGGCGUCAAACCCUGCUAUGGCAUUUCCCUGCCUCGAUGCGAUAGAAACCCGGUCCGCGAAGCUUGAAGCAAAGUCAUUAUCUACGGGACCCGAGCCCGCAUAUACCACCGGCGCCACAGAGACCUUUCGUUGUAAAGAUCCUCUCUCGUUAGAUUGGGGUGGCGUGCUACCAGAAUUCGACAUCGCGUACGAAACGUGGGGCAAGAUGAACUCGGACAAAUCCAAUGUGAUACUGUUGUAUACGGGUCUUUCUGCUUCGUCACAUGCCCAUUCGACGGAGAGUAACCCGCAACCUGGAUGGUGGGAGAAGUUUAUCGGUCCAGGGGCCUGUCUGGACACUGACAAAUAUUUUGUGAUAUGUACAAACGUCAUCGGGGGUUGCUUUGGAUCGACUGGACCGAGCAGCAUUGAUCCGGCCGAUGGUCAGAGAUAUGCCACCCGAUUCCCAAUACUUACGAUGGAGGAUAUGGUACGAGCGCAAUUCCGGCUUUUGGACCAUCUAGGUGUUGAGAAAAUCUAUGCAAGCGUUGGGUCUAGUAUGGGAGGAAUGCAAUCUCUGGCAGCUGGUGUGCUAUUUCCUUCGAGGGUUGGUCGCAUAGUGUCCAUCAGUGGCUGCGCUCGCAGUCACCCCUACAGUGUCGCAAUGCGACACACGCAACGGCAAGUGCUUAUGAUGGACCCCAAUUGGAACCGUGGGUUCUACUAUGGCAAAGUGCCACCGCAUGCUGGAAUGAAGCUUGCAAGAGAAAUCGCCACGGUAACGUAUCGAUCCGGGCCCGAGUGGGAGCAACGAUUUGGCCGUAGGAGGGCGGAUCCGACGAAACCCCCCGCUUUAUGUCCUGACUUUCUCAUUGAAACAUAUCUAGACCACGCGGGCGAGAAGUUUUGUUUAACAUAUGACCCAAACAGUCUCUUAUACGUUAGCAAAGCUAUGGACCUUUUUGAUCUAGGUCUUGAAAAUCAACAAGCAGCUGCGCAGCGACGAGCUGAGCGGGAGAAGCGAAUCCAGUCUGGGUCCCCUCCGACGCCAAAUGAUCCGUCCUGCAGUCUAACAUUACCGGAGUCGCCAUAUUCUGAACAGCCUGGAAUCAGUGUCGAUGAUUCAAGCCCAUCUGGACAUGGGGAUCUUGGUCCUCCCAAAGAUUUGAUUGCGGGGUUGUCAUCUUUGAGGGAUAUCCCCACUCUUGUCAUGGGCGUUGCGAGUGACAUCUUGUUUCCUGCUUGGCAACAGCGAGAGGUCGCCAACGCAAUACGACUCACAGGGAACAAAAAUGUGACUCAUGUUGAGUUGAGCGAAGAACAGAGCAUGUUUGGCCAUGACACAUUCUUAUUAGACCUGAAAAAUGUUGGGGGAAAUGUUAAGAACUUCCUAGGAUAGGCCUUCAAACCUCUUCAACGACAAUCAUAUUUAUAUUUGGCAUUCAUGGAUGAACUGGUGUUGGGAUCAGUCCCAGGCAUAUCAUACGGAGGCGUAUAGGUUUCCAAAACAAUAGGAUCAGUUCAACAAUUAAAAUUUUACUAUUAUAUGUUGCGCGAUGUCUUCUAGGACGUGUCUUUCACUUGAAGCUAUCAUAAUGUGUAGGUAUAUAUACAUAUAUAAACUAAGAUACCAUUCC